ACCACGCGGAUGCCGCCCUAUAUUAGGAGGCAGCGGCCUGGCUUGCUCAAUUUUUCCGGCCUCCUCUUCCUCGCGCGGAGAGGUAAGAUGGCCCGUACCAAGCAAACCGCUCGCAAGUCCACGGGAGGGAAGGCUCCCAGGAAGCAGCUUGCAACUAAGGCUGCCCGUAAGUCAGCCCCGACCACUGGAGGAGUGAAGAAGCCCCACCGCUACCGCCCUGGAACUGUUGCCCUCCGUGAGAUCCGCAAGUACCAGAAGAGCACUGAGCUGUUGAUCAGGAAGCUGCCCUUCCAGAGGCUUGUUAGGGAAAUUGCACAGGACUUCAAGACUGAUCUGCGUUUCCAGAGCCAUGCCGUGCUUGCCCUCCAGGAGGCUGCCGAGGCCUACCUAGUUGGUCUGUUUGAGGACACCAACCUGUGCGCCAUCCAUGCUAAGCGUGUGACCAUCAUGCCCAAAGACAUCCAGCUGGCCAGGAGGAUCCGUGGCGAGAGGGCGUAAUCCUCUCAAUCAUGACAAUUAAAGUCUCGUGUCGUCGUAGUGGUUUAAUUUGGUGCCAUGUUCAGGACAUCUGAGUAGGGCUUGUUUUGUGGAUCAUAAGUUUCUCUUCUUCUGCACUAUAUGUUGCUACUACCUUUGGUGGUGGUAUUACUAGGGUCGUCGAAUACUUAAAUUGCCUCGUCUAGUGUUGUUACCGCGUUGACAGUUGACAUUUGUGUGCUAUGCUGCUGCUGACUAGCACUGCUGUUUGUGCGCUGCUGGAUUGUAAGCUUCAUCGCUGUGGGUGAUCCGUUCGUUAAUGUCAUGCAUCGUGUUACAGUUCGUGUACA